AACCAAGUAGACAGUUUUGAAAUUAAUUUAACUAAUGUUAUUUAUUUUGGAAUUAGCUUUACAAAGAAAAAGGAAAAGAAAUAAUUUUAAUUAAAAAUGGUAAGAGCAGUUAUUCCAAUCAAUGAAAUUAAUGGCGAAGGUGAUAUAACAUUUUAUGAUGGAUGUAUUGUCCAUCCCAAAGUUACGAUUACUGCAGAAUCAGGACCAAUAAUUUUUGGAAAGAACUGCAUCAUUGGUGAAAAUUCCACUAUAAUUUUUAAGGUGCCAGAAAAUUUAAAAAGUGAAGAAAGAGGUGUUAUGAAAAUUGGAGCAAAUACUGUAAUUGGAAACGGAUGUACAAUAAAAUCUUUAAAGAUAGGUGAAAGGAAUGUAAUUGGAUGCAAUUGCUAUAUUUCAGAAAAAGUUGAAAUUGGAAAUGGGUGCAUAAUAAGCUCUAAUACUCGAUUAGUGGAAAGUAUGAAAUUGAAUGACAACACAAUAAUGUAAACAGUAAUUUGUUGAGAUGUUUGAAAGAGAACAAAAUUUUUCAUUUAUCAUGUUUUAUUUUUGUUGAUGUAACUUAUUUGUAAAUCACUAAUAUGUAAUUUGUUCAGUAAAAAGUAAUUUAUAAGCUGAGUAAAGUAAAAGAAAAAGUAA